GUCACGUGACGCACCGCGCCGCGCCGCGCCCCCAGCGCCAGCGACGUUGCUGGGAGGGAAGUUGGCCCCGCGGCAGCUGGGUUUGGCUGCUGUGCGGCGGUGGCGGGUCAGUUUGGAGCCGGUGGAGGCCGCCGUGGGGCUCCAGGAAGAUGUUACCGAGUACUUCAGUGAAUUCCCCAGUGCAGGGGAACGGGGUAUUGAGUUCCAGGGAUGCGGCCAGACACACAGCUGGAGCAAAACGCUACAAAUACCUGAGGAGGCUUUUUCGUUUCCGGCAGAUGGACUUUGAGUUUGCUGCCUGGCAGAUGCUCUACCUGUUCACUUCCCCACAGAGAGUUUAUAGAAACUUUCAUUACCGGAAGCAGACAAAGGAUCAGUGGGCCAGAGAUGACCCUGCUUUCUUGGUCCUGUUAAGUCUCUGGCUCUGUGUGUCCACUAUAGGAUUUGGCUUUGUGCUGGACAUGGGAUUUUUUGAGACGAUAAAGCUGCUCCUUUGGGUUGUAUUCAUAGACUGUGUAGGCGUCGGUCUUCUCAUAUCAACCUUAAUGUGGUUUAUCUCUAACAAGUAUUUAGUGAAACGGCAGAGCAGAGACCAUGAUGUGGAGUGGGGCUAUGCGUUUGAUGUGCAUCUGAACGCUUUUUACCCUCUCCUCGUCAUUCUGCAUUUUAUCCAGCUUUUUUUCAUCAACCAUGUCAUCCUAACAGACACAUUUAUUGGAUAUUUAGUUGGAAAUACCUUAUGGUUGGUUGCAGUUGGCUACUACAUCUACGUAACUUUCCUAGGAUACAGUGCGCUGCCGUUUCUGAAAAACACAGUGAUUCUUCUUUACCCGUUUGCACCUCUCAUCCUGCUCUAUGGACUGUCGCUAGCGCUGGGCUGGAACUUCACCCGCACGCUGUGCUCCUUCUACAAGUACAGAGUGAAGUGAAACCGGGAGCCUCUUACAUCUUAGGUGCGUCAGCAGUAUUGGUGAGGUGGUGAUUUCUUGUGAAACUUGUAAAUAAACUAUCACUGUAGAUAUCUCAAAGGUGUAAAGUUUGCAAAUUUGAAGAAAUAUAUAUGCUAACACUGUUAUCUAGUACCUUCCUUAAAACUAAUUAAAUGUACAUUUCUAUAAUAAAUAUUUUUUAAACUAAGGCAUGUAUUUUAUUCUGCACAGAGAAUAUAUGCAAAGUACUAAGGGCAUGCGGAAGAGAGAAAGGUAAAACUUUUUAAUAUGAAUUAUUUUUGAAAGUAUCCAUUUGGAGAACAUGGUAAUAAUGUUUCCCCUUCUCCCCUCCCCCACUGUUACUAACAAGGUACAAAGUCCAGCCCCAUUUCUAAUGGGCUGCAUUUUAAACUUUUAUAUAAGCCACAGGAUCCCAGUGUAACCUUCAAAAGCCUCUACUUGUAAUUCAAAUAGGAAUCACUGUACUACAGGCUCUAAAUAUCAUUAACAGCCAUUGUUCAUGCAAAAAAAAAACUACCCAACAAACAAACAAAAUACAGUAGAUCGAAGAGGUCCCUGGAGGCUACUCUUACUCCGGGGACUGUACAGUAGCAUAUGCAAGGUCUGAGUGAACACCUGCAUGACACUGAUAAUCACAGUCUUGACACCAGGCUGCUUUUCUUUCUUAGAAGACUUUCCAAAACCCACAUAUCAAAUCCACGUUUUCUAACUGAAAACAGUACCAGUAAACUAUUAUUAUAUCAGUGUUAAGCAAAACUAAUAAUAAAAAAAGCUUAGUACUCAUAAAGUUUUACCUGUUUUACUUUUAUUAGAAGGAGUCUUGAAUUCAACAUGGCUUCUUAAACUUCUUUAUCUCAAAUACAGAUGAACGGUUGUGGCACAGAGAAACAGUGAUGAAAGGCACAGUCAACAGGACUAGUUAUCAGGCUUUCAGUUAUAGCAGCAAAUUUGAAAAUAAAUAAUCUGCCUUUAAAAAUCCAACAGGUACCUAAAAUAUUACUACAGAGAUUACCCAUUCAACUAAUGGAGACAUUGUAAGGAAAAUAUGUACAAUACAUUUACGGAGAAAAAAACAUCUGGUACAACCUGGAAAAGCAGUUCCUCAGGCAGCUUCUCCCAGGGGUGCUUCCAGAAACACCCCAAUUACAAAGACAACCUUUCCAAACAAAGUUUGUUCUCAAGGAGAAACGCUUCAGUUUUUCAUUCCAUAAAUGAAACAACUGUUAACAGUUUAAUCAGCUGAUUUCUAAAUCCGUCUUAGAAAGCGUGACUGUCUGCACUGAAAUGAGAAGUAUCAGCUCUGCUGGCAGUGCAUCUGACAGUACUGUCGAUAUCCACCAUUUUUAAGGCUCAGAGACUAUGUCUUCAAAAGGUAUUUUCACCCAAUUUUAGCCAACACUGAGCAUUUCAAAUAAGUAAUGGAAUGCUAAUCAAACUAAAGUACCAAACCUUUGAUUCCAGGGCAAUUUGCUAAUUACUAAUACCAUGAAGCCACUAGGAGCAAGUGACAUAUUAAACAGCUUCCCUAGUGUCCAAGAGUAUUGAAUGUUCCCCACAACAGACAAUCCUUAGUCUAGAACAAUUUUAGCACCACUGUUCCUAACGUUUUUCCGCACAAAGUGUUUCCCAUUCAACGUUCAGUUCACGUUUUUGAACGACAUCUAAAUUCUCAACUCACACAUAACUGGAGUGCCAGCUCUUUCUUGUUUGUUCCUCUGGAAAUGCUCUAGCUAGUGCCCAAACAGGUGAAGCACGUGUUUCAGGUAAGAAGAGAAGAGUUUCUAUAUAAGCAUUGAUGAUAUGGGUAUAUAUAUGUAUAUAUAUAAACAAAUCCUUUGUUGUUGUUUUUUUUUUAGUAAUACUGUAGUAGUGGGCUCUUCAGCACUGUAGGUUCACAUGCAUUGAAGAAAUAAAGUAAGCAUGUUAGUUAUCAUGGCAUAUAUCUGUUAAGAUUAAUAAUUAAUAAUUUACAACUAUCAAACUAAAUUUCAUACACUAUAAACACUGCUACAUAGCUUUGAAAAGUUUCCUUUUCUUUAAAGAGAUCAGAUGUCAGAGUUCCCUUAGGACCUCAGAUAUGAUUAUGACUCAAAUUUCUGACCUUUCGAUAAUGUUAGCCUCUCAUUUUCUUUCUUUUAGCUCAACUUUUCUUAUAUCAAGGCUAUAGCAGUAUAGUAAAAGAAGCACAAAAA